CAGGUAUUGUACGGAAUACAGCCCUCCGCUUGAUGCUGCGAAUCCGGGGCCGAAAAUUUCGGAGGCGGGCCGCAGGUUCCUCUGACUCCGUUCUUCCCCGGUCCUUUUACCCCUACCUCCCUUUUUCGAUCCUGGGAGUUGUACCUCCGUAGUCAUCUGCUCGUCGGGUUCCACCGAAUUUUCUGUGGCUGUCCCCUUUUUUUCUCGCGCCCUCACCAAGAGCUGCUCAGCCCGGCGACGCAAUGGCUCAAUUCGAUUCCCCCUCCGGCUCCGAGAGCCCCGCCGCGUUGGCCAACGGGGACGAGAACAACAAAAGAAACAAGGCCAAGGCCAAGGGCAACGGCAAUGGCAACGGCAGGACGAGGCUGCGCGACGGUGACAUAAAGGAUCUCAACACCGGCGGCCCCAAUGGCACGCGCGCAAUCGGAGAGCGUCGGUCGAGUGUCAGCAAGCCGGCCCGAGACUUCCGCGACAAACCGGAGCCGGAGCCCAAGAGGAAGAAGAGAAGAACCGCGGUGGCGCCCGGCGCCGUGAGGGAGGAGGCAGCCACGCCGGGCGACGCGGGCGAUUCUUCCACCAGGUCGCCGAGCCCCGUCAUCGAUUUCGACGGUCUGAGCCGACCCAGCGUGGGGACGCGGGAGCGAUUGGAGGAGGACGAUGCGCAGAAGGAAAACCGGCUGGCCCGGAUGAAAGGUGCCGUCAGGACGCUGCUCGAGUGCAUAGGCGAGGACCCCGAUCGCGAGGGCCUGCUGGCGACGCCGGAGCGGUACGCCAAGGCCAUGCUCUUCUUCACCAAGGGCUACCAAGAAAACGUGCGCGACAUUGUCAACGGCGCCAUCUUCCAAGAGCGCCAUAACGAAAUGGUCAUUGUUAAGGAUAUCGAGGUCUUCAGCAUGUGCGAGCACCACCUCGUGCCGUUCAACGGCAAGAUGCACAUCGGCUACAUACCGGCCAAUGCCGUCAUUGGCAUCUCCAAGCUACCGCGCAUCGCCGAGAUGUUUGCGCGGAGGCUUCAGAUACAAGAGCGCCUUACUAAGGAGGUGGCCAACGCCAUCAUGGAGGUCCUCAAGCCGCAGGGCGUUGCCGUCGUCAUGGAGUCGAGCCACCUGUGCAUGGUGAUGCGCGGCGUCCAGAAGACGAGCAGCACCACCAUCACCAGCUGCGUGCUGGGCUGUUUCGAGCGCAAGGAGAAGACGAGGAACGAGUUCCUGAGUCUGAUUGGGGUAAACCGCUGAUUGAUGAAACCCGGCGGAUUUGGACCUGGGG